CAAAACUCUAUCAUUUCAUUUCUGAAAUCUGGGAAAUCUGGCCGUCAAGUGGCUAAGGAAGUUGGUGUUAGCAUUGGUACUGUCUCUAAGAUAAAGAAGAUCUAUUGUCCAGAUGUUCAAGUAUCUAAAGGUGGUCGUCCCAAUAUGCUUACCAAGGUUGACAAGAGAUACUGUGUUCAUCAAAUUACCAAAGGUCGUCUGGAUAAUGCUGUUAAGGUGCAAAAACAGCUUCAAUUGGAUCACAGCAUUACUGUUAGUGUUGAUACAGUCCGUAGAGCUUUGUAUGAAUCUGGUCUGGGUGCCUUUGAAAAGGAGAAGAAACCGAUGAUUUCUGCUGCUAAUGCCAAAAAACGACUUGCCUGGUGUUAUCAAUAUCGCAACUGGACCUUGGAUGAUUGGAAACGUGUUA